GGAGGAGAUGAUCUGGAUCCAGACUACGUCCUAAGCUCUCGUGUCCGGACAGGUCGCAGCAUCCGCGGCUUCUGUCUGCCUCCUCACUGCAGCCGAGGAGAACGCCGCGCCAUUGAGAACCUGUCCUUGGAAAGUCUGGAUGUGCUGGAUGGGGACUUAAAGGGGAAGUACUACGCUCUGAAGAACAUGACCGAGGAGGAGCAGCAGCAGCUAAUCGAUGACCACUUCCUGUUUGAUAAGCCUGUCUCCCCCCUGCUGCUCGCCUCUGGCAUGGCCCGCGACUGGCCCGAUGGCCGCGGCAUCUGGCACAACGACAACAAGACCUUCUUGGUUUGGGUGAACGAAGAGGAUCACCUGCGGGUCAUCAGCAUGCAGAAAGGAGGAAACAUGAAGGAGGUGUUCAACCGCUUCUGCACUGGACUCACCAAGAUCGAGGGCUUGUUUAAGGAACGAGGUCACGAGUUCAUGUGGAACGAACACCUGGGCUAUGUCCUCACCUGUCCUUCCAACCUGGGGACGGGACUGAGGGCCGGAGUCCAUGUCAAGCUGCCAAACGUCAGCAAGCACGAGAAGUUCGGAGAGAUCCUGAAGAGGCUGAGGCUGCAGAAGAGGGGCACAGGGGGCGUGGACACAGCAGCGGUGGGUGGAGUCUUUGAUAUUUCCAACGCUGACCGUCUGGGCUUUUCCGAGGUGGAGCUGGUGCAGAUGGUGGUGGAUGGUGUCAACCUGCUGGUGGACAUGGAGAAACGUCUGGAGGCUGGAGAGAGCAUCGAUGACAUCAUACCAGAUCAGAAGUGAACUGUAACCUCUGACCUGUGAAACACCUCCCACUACCCCCCUCUCCCCCACAUACCGUUGCUCACUGUAACCAAUUAGAAUCCGUCCUGACGCAAACGGCCGUUUAAAGCCGCCCAGUUAAUGUCCAAUGUGGAGGAUUUUCUAUUUCCUGUUGGACCGAUCUAACACAUGAAAUACCUAAUAAAGUCUGUGUGGACCCGA